AUGGAUUUACGAUUGCAAGGAUCGCAGAUUAAUUUAGUCAGCCGUACAAAACCAACUCGAGAACGUCUGCGACCAAGCUCAUCUAUUUCAGCCUUUUGCCGCCGACCAGAUAGUUGCCAAAGAACUGCUUACAACUUUUUGUCUUCGCCUUGUCGACCUUUUUCAGCAGAUCAUCCAGUAAAUCAACAAAGGAAACUCAAACCAAAAAAGCAUUCACCGCCACUUUCCCGACGAGUUUAUAGUAAAUCUUGCCCUGACUCGGCCAGAUUACUACAAUCUAUGAUUUCAGAACCCAUUAAAGUUCGAUCUUGGGAUGAAUCUAGUGCAGAUAGUAAAGCCUCCUCUGACGAUAGCUUGGGAGCUCGUAUAAAGACGCUCGCAAGGGAUUCUGCUGAGAAUAUUAACGAGUUAGAAACGGAAUACCAGACGCCUAGUACUUCCGAAUUAUUUGGAUCCCAAAGGAAUUUAGAUAGAGAUGAAAUCGAAAACUACGGAGACCACCUUAUAGCGAAUAAUUACAAGCUGAAAGACCAUGUGCAAUUUAAUGAUAAUGUUGAGGUGUUUUUCAAAAGUGAUAAAAGUUCAUCAGGAAGCGAAGAAGACAACGAUGCUAUCGCAGAAUGCACAUCACAAGAGAUGAACGGAACAUUGUUAAUUUCUCCUGGGCUGACACAGAAACCCCCUUUGCCUUCAAGAAGUCCCAGUGUUCGUUCGAGUGACACAUCAAAUAUCGACCACACACCAACACGCGAUGCCUGGUCAAGCGAGAAUUCUUCAACCCCCAAGGAUAUUUCAGGAAGAGUUAGUUUCUACAAAGAAAAUGCACCAAUAGCGCAUGAUCAGUACAUAGAAGACGACGGUGGAGCAUUAUCUGCAGAUGAAGAAAUUGAACAAAUUUUAUCAAAACACGAGGUGAAUGUGGAUUUAUCUGAACUCAAUACAGAUAAUAUAAUCGAAGAUUACAAAAAAGAAAUUGAAUCUAUAAAUGCACAGCAUGCGGCAGAAAUUAAUUCUGUAAAAUUCCCUUCAAGUCAUUUAUCUAGUUAUCUAGAACACGAGUCAGACAUAUCACAGGAUGGAGUGAUAAACAAUUACAUUGCCACCGUUGGUGAUAUUCAAAGACCCGAACGUGAAUUUAGUACAAAUAGAACUUCGCCUGCAACUAAAUCAACUGCCAACAGCGAAAUAACUAGGUCCUCUAAUUCUGUUAUAAAUACAUAUUAUAAACUUUUGUUUAGUGAAUAUAGACAAUGUAAUGACGACGCCCACAUCCCAGAAGUCCGCAAUUACGAAUUUGAAAGUUGGAUGUCCAGAAGCUUUAGCCCGACCAGACUUGUAGGCCUGACCACGGAUCGUUUGCAGGACGUCGAGUGUCCUGAUAUGGACUCAGUCAGCGAGCGUAGUCAAGAAGAUGAAAAAGCUAUUGAAAAAGUAGCUGAUUGCGAAAUUACAUUAAACGAAUCUGCAUACGGUGAAAUUGCCGCAAUACUGAAAGAAAUUGAAGGAGAGGAUAUCGACUUUAAAGGUGAUGCAUCAGCUAUACUAAAGAAUUAUAAAAACCAGGAAAUGGAAAAUCUAGUAAACAUGACUGCUAGUAUCGGUAAUAACUUGGAUCAAGAAUGUCCAAAAAACACUUCAAAAUAUAAAGAUAUUUUAUAUUUUCUCGACAAAGUGGAUAGCGAUUGUGAAAACAUUUUGAAAGAAGCAAAGUGUAGAAUCCAAAACGUUCAGCUACAACAAGGCGCUGGAGAUUAUGCACGUGUUUCAUCGAGUUAUGAUGAUUUACCAAAGAUGCACGAAUUAAUAAAAUUGCCAAAUAGAGAGCUGGGAAAUAUGAUCAUUAGUUUAUCAAUACAACUCCACGAACAAAAUUGUAGUAACGCUCUUUUAAAAGACGCUUUAAACGACAGAAAAAGUGAACAUGAAAAGGAGAAGAAAUCUUUACGUAAACAGCACCAAGAUAAAUUGAAAGCUCAAAAACAGGAUCUUGAAGAAGUGGUACGGAGGCACCAAAAUUUCAUUGAUCAGCUAAUAGCUGACAAGAAGACGCUUAAUGCCCAGUGCGAUCGAUUGGUUGCUGAUUUGAAAACUGCCGAGCAGCGAUACGCACAUAAUAUGCAGGCAGCCGAACAGAGACACAGCCUGGAAGUUCAACGUACAAGAGACAAACUUUUAGCUGCCGAAAAGUUACGCCGGGACCGCUGGGUAGAAACCCAUUCUAAAAAGAUUAAGGAAAUGACAGUGAAAGGCAUGGCCGAUGAAUUAGAGUCAAUUUCCAAUAAGCACUUAAGUCAGCUUGAAGAGUUGCGCCAAAAAUAUAACAGAGAAUCUCAUGAAGCCAGUUUGAAGCACCAACAGGAAAUGCAACGUAGAGUUGACCUCACGAGAGAAGAAAUGUUAAGAGAACAAGAGCAAGCUGUAAGCAGGGAACGGGAAAGAUUCGAAGUUCAAUUGAACGGUGAGCGUCAAGCACUUGAAGCAUUGCGGUUGCGGAUGCAAGAAGAAAUGUGCGCAGAAAGAAGGAGACUUGAGGAUUCAGUAGCAUCUAUGCGAAAUGCCGAAGAAAAAGUUCGCCAAAAUGCUGAAUCUCAACAUAAACGUGCUAUUCAAGAUAUUCAAAAUCAGCAUUUCCAGGAAGUAGAAGCUAUCAGAAAGCGAUAUGAAACAGAAUUGACCGCCUUGAAACAAGACGCUCAAUUGGAGCAGGAAGCAGCAAGAGCCGCUCUGUCUAAGCAGAGUGUUGAAGCAUUGCGGCAAAGUGAGAAGGAAAUACGGGAAGCCUGCAAGAUAGAUAGAGAUAGGCAAAUCGAAAAAGUUAUAGAGAAAGUUGAAAAAGAAAGCCAAGAAAUGAGAAGGCACAUUGAAAGACAAGCUGAAAAUCGUUUGCGGUAA